CGGAGGCUCCCCCCACUAGGAAUUUAACUUCGGCUUCCUGCCGAUAUUUCUGGAAGAUGAAAGUGAAGCAAAUGGAAUCUUGAGAAAUGGCCCACAGUUUUCUUCCUUUGGGGAUUUGAACAUCUGUAUUCUAAUUUUCACAGCUGUUCUGCUCCCCUGUGGGCAUGACCCCUUAGCUGGCAUUUCGCAUCCCAGUGGUUUUGUGAUGGACGAGUCUUUGGGGAUUCAGGUGGAUGAACCUAUGGCUUUUUCUCCCUCGGGUGACCCGUUGCAGGCGGAUGAUGGCUCGUUAAAAAAACAUGAGCAGAAUUUUAAACCACCAGGUGUUAAAAAAGAUAUUGAGAAGCUUUAUGAAGCUGUACCACAGCUCGGUAAUGUGUUUAAGAUUAAGGACAAAAUUGGAGAAGGCACUUUCAGCUCUGUUUAUUUGGCCACAGCACAGUUACAAGUAGGACCUGAAGAGAAAAUUGCUCUAAAACACUUAAUUCCAACAAGUCAUCCUAUAAGGAUUGCAGCUGAACUUCAGUGCCUAACAGUGGCUGGGGGGCAAGACAACGUCAUGGGAGUUAAAUACUGCUUUAGGAAAAAUGAUCAUGUGGUUAUUGCUAUGCCAUAUCUGGAGCAUGAAUCCUUUUUGGACAUCUUGAAUUCUCUUUCCUUUCAUGAAGUACGGGAAUAUAUGUUUAAUCUGUUCAAAGCUUUGAAACGCAUUCAUCAGUUUGGUAUUGUUCACCGUGAUGUGAAGCCCAGCAAUUUUUUAUAUAAUAGGCGCCUGAAAAAGUAUGCCUUGGUAGACUUUGGUUUAGCCCAAGGAACCCAUGAUACAAAAAUAGAGCUUCUCAAAUUUGUUCAGUCUGAAGCUCAGCAGGAAGGUUGUUCACAAUGUAAAUCCCAUCCAAUCACCGGAAACAAGUUUUCGUUAAGUGGACCAACAGCAUCUAAGGAGCGAGAUCAGCAGCUCACCAUAAAAGACUCUUUUAAAAGGCUCUACACAAAUACACAAAUUCAGAUUAAACAAGGAAAAGAUGGAAAGGAGGGAUCUGUAGGCCUUUCUGUCCAGCGCUCUGUUUUUGGAGAAAGAGAUUUCAAUAUACACAGUUCCAUUUCACAUGAGAGCCCUGCAGUGAAAUUUAUGAAGCAGUCAAAGACUGUAGAUGUGCUGUCUAAAAAGGUAGCCGCAAAAAAGAAGGCUGUUUCUACCAAAGUUGUGAAUAGUGGUGUGCUGAAGAAAACUACCAGUUCUUGCCCAGCCAGCCUGACCUGUGACUGUUACGCAACAGAUAAAGUUUGCAGUAUUUGCCUUUCAAGGCGGCAACAGGUUGCCCCUAGGGCGGGUACACCAGGAUUCAGAGCACCAGAGGUCCUGACGAAGUGCCCCAAUCAAACUACAGCAAUUGACAUGUGGUCUGCAGGUGUCAUAUUCCUUUCUUUGCUUAGUGGACGAUACCCAUUUUAUAAAGCAAGUGAUGAUUUAACUGCUUUGGCUCAAAUUAUGACAAUUCGUGGAUCCAGAGAAACUAUCCAGGCUGCUAAAACUUUUGGCAAAUCAGUAUUGUGUAGCAAAGAAGUCCCAGCACAAGACUUGAGAAAACUCUGUGAGAAGCUCAGAGGUAUAGAUUCUGACACUCCCAAAUUUACAAGCAAUGUACAAGGGCCUGCCUCUCAUGACCCAGCUUCUCACCUCGUACAGACAACUAAAGCACAGCAUUCAGGGGAUUCGCUGUGUAAAGGGAACAGAAAUGGCUGUGGGGCUCAUAUUGAUGUGUAUACUACCAAUCUGGAAGGCUGGAAUGAGGUACCUGAUGAAGCUUAUGACCUACUUGAUAAACUUCUAGAUCUAAAUCCAGCUUCAAGAAUAACAGCAGAAGGAGCUUUGUUGCAUCCGUUUUUUAAAGAUAUGAGUUUGUAAUUAUUGUUCUUCAUUUCAUGUUUGCUGUUGUGUAUCGUGAGGUGGGGCGGAAGAGUUCUUUGUACAGCCAUAAGUUCUUAUUUAGAGACCAGGGCAAGAUGAAUAAUUUAUUCUAAAAUUGGAUUAGAUUACUAAUAACAUGAUUUUUGAGUUAGAUCUGCCCAAGGAGAAUCAGCUCUUUAGUUUCCCUAAUUAUUUGUCACUGCAAUGUACAGAAAAAGGGGCAGUUUUAGCCUAGUACAUAGGGAUUCAAGGUGCAAGUCUUAAAUUUAAUGGAUGUUUUAGGGAUUAAGUGAGUCAAAAAGCUUACUUUAUUCGUUUCUUCAAACCAUGAACUAUGUGUACUGUUGGAAGACUCAAGCUGGUACAGGUGCUCUAACUAUUCUGUAGGUUAAGAAAAUAAUUUCCUCUUCUAGAGCCUUACAUUAUGCCUUUUAUGAACACUAAACAAUGAGAAAAUGAGGAUAUCACUUAAAAUUGAAUUUAAUUGAUCCAUUUAAAAGUAUGUUGUGAAAGCA